GAGCCCAGGAUGGAGGUGGCGGUCGCAGCGGCCGCGGCGGGCCGAGCCCUGCGGCGCGCGGGAGGAGGUGAGUGCCAGGCCCGCUGAGCCUCCCUGAGCUGCCAGCCAUGCCCGGGAUCGUGGUGUUCCGGCGGCGCUGGUCUGUGGGCAGCGAUGACCUCGUCCUGCCAGCCAUCUUCCUCUUCCUCCUGCACACCACCUGGUUUGUGAUCCUGUCCGUGGUGCUCUUUGGCCUGGUCUAUAACCCACACGAGGCCUGCUCCCUGAACCUGGUGGACCACGGCCGUGGCUACCUGGGCAUCCUUCUGAGCUGCAUGAUUGCUGAGAUGGCCAUCAUUUGGCUGAGCAUGCGCGGGGGCAUUCUCUACACAGAACCCCGAGACUCCAUGCAGUACGUGCUCUACGUGCGCCUGGCCAUUUUGGUGAUCGAGUUCAUCUACGCUAUCGUGGGCAUCGUCUGGCUCACACAGUACUACACCUCCUGCAAUGACCUCACUGCCAAGAACGUCACCCUCGGGAUGGUUGUCUGCAACUGGGUGGUCAUCCUCAGCGUCUGCAUCACUGUCCUCUGUGUCUUUGACCCCACGGGCCGAACCUUCGUCAAGCUGAGAGCCACCAAGAGGAGGCAGCGCAACCUGCGGACCUACAACCUACGGCACCGUUUAGAGGAGGGUCAGGCCACCAGCUGGUCCCGCCGUCUCAAAGUGUUCCUCUGUUGCACCCGGACAAAGGAUUCCCAGUCAGAUGCCUACUCAGAAAUUGCCUACCUCUUUGCUGAAUUUUUCCGUGACCUCGACAUCGUGCCCUCCGACAUCAUUGCUGGUUUGGUGCUGCUUAGGCAGCGGCAGCGAGCCAAGCGUAAUGCGGUGCUGGAUGAGGCAAACAAUGACAUCUUGGCUUUCCUGUCUGGGAUGCCAGUGACCCGAAACACCAAGUACCUCGACCUCAAGAACUCGCAUGAGAUGCUACGCUACAAAGAAGUCUGCUACUACAUGCUUUUUGCCCUGGCUGCCUAUGGCUGGCCCAUGUACCUGAUGAGGAAGCCCACCUGUGGCCUCUGCCAGCUGGCUCGGUCCUGCUCGUGCUGUCUCUGCCCUGCACGACCCCGAUUCGCCCCCGGGGUCACCAUUGAGGAAGACAACUGUUGUGGCUGUAACGCAAUCGCCAUCCGCCGUCACUUCCUGGAUGAGAACAUGACUGCAGUAGACAUUGUCUACACCUCCUGUCAUGAUGCGGUCUAUGAAACUCCCUUCUACGUAGCAGUAGACCAUGACAAGAAGAAAGUGGUGAUCAGUAUCCGGGGAACCCUGUCCCCCAAGGAUGCCCUGACCGACCUGACAGGUGAUGCUGAGCGCCUCCCUGUGGAGGGACACCGAGGCACCUGGUUGGGCCACAAGGGCAUGGUACUUUCGGCUGAGUACAUCAAGAAGAAGCUGGAGCAGGAGAUGGUCCUGUCUCAGGCCUUUGGGCGAGACCUGGGCCGUGGAACCAAACACUAUGGCCUGAUUGUAGUAGGCCACUCUUUGGGCGCUGGCACAGCUGCCAUCCUGUCCUUCCUCCUGCGUCCCCAGUACCCAACCCUCAAGUGCUUCGCCUACUCCCCGCCAGGAGGCCUGCUGAGUGAGGAUGCCAUGGAAUACUCCAAAGAGUUUGUGACUGCUGUGGUUCUGGGCAAAGACCUUGUUCCCAGGAUUGGCCUUUCCCAGCUGGAGGGUUUCCGUCGGCAACUUCUGGAUGUCCUGCAGCGAAGCACCAAGCCCAAAUGGCGGAUCAUCGUGGGGGCCACCAAAUGCAUCCCCAAGUCAGAGCUGCCUGAGGAUCAAGUAGAGGUGACCACCCUGGCCAGCACACGGCUCUGGACCCACCCCAGUGAUUUAACCAUCGCCCUUUCAGCUAGCACCCCACUCUACCCACCUGGCCGCAUCAUCCACGUGGUCCAUAACCAUCCUGCAGAACAGUGCUGCUGCUGUGAGCAGGAGGAGCCCACGUACUUCGCCAUCUGGGGAGACAACAAAGCCUUUAAUGAGGUGAUCAUCUCGCCAGCCAUGCUCCAUGAGCACCUGCCCUAUGUGGUCAUGGAGGGGCUCAACAAGGUGCUGGAGAAUUACAACAAGGGAAAGACAGCACUGCUCUCGGCGGCCAAGGUCAUGGUGAGCCCCACUGAGGUGGACCUCACUCCUGAGCUCAUCUUCCAGCAGCAGCCACUGCCCACGGGGCCACCGCUGCCCACCGGCCUGGCCCUGGAGCUGCCUGCCGCAGACCAUCGCAACAGCAGCGUCAGGAGCAAGUCUCAGUCUGAGAUGAGCCUGGAGGGCUUCUCUGAGGGGCGGCUGCUGUCCCCAGUGGCUGCUGCAUCAGCAGCCCGCCAAGACCCUGUAGAACUGUUACUGCUGUCCACCCAGGAGCGGCUGGCGGCAGAGCUGCAGUCCCGGCGGGCACCGCUGGCCACCAUGGAGAGCCUCUCAGACACUGAGUCACUGUACAGCUUCGACUCGCGCCGCUCCUCAGGCUUCCGCAGCAUCCGAGGCUCACCCAGCCUCCACGCAGUGCUGGAGCGUGAUGAGGGGCACCUCUUUUACAUCGACCCGGCCAUUCCAGAGGAGAACCCGUCCCUCAGUUCACGCACAGAGCUGCUAGCAGCCGACAGCCUGUCCAAGCACUCGCAGGACACCCAACCCCUGGAGGCAGCUCUGGGCAGCGGGGGUGUCACUCCUGAGCGGCCACCAAGUGCAACCAAUGAGGAAGAAGAGGAGGCAGCAGGUGGCGAGAGUGGUGGGGUGGCCCCACGAGGAGAGCUGGCACUGCACAACGGGCGCCUGGGGGACUCGCCCAGCCCUCAGGUGCUAGAAUUUGCCGAGUUCAUCGACAGCCUCUUCAACCUGGACAGCAAGAGCAGCUCCUUCCAGGACCUCUACUGCAUGGUGGUGCCCGAGAGCCCCACUAGUGACUAUGCUGAAGGCCCCAAGUCCCCUAGCCAACAGGAAAUCUUGCUCCGGGCUCAAUUUGAGCCCAAUCUGGUACCCAAGCCCCCAAGGCUCUUUACAGGUUCUGCUGAACCCUCCUCUGGCAUCUCACUCUCACCCUCCUUCCCACUCAGCUCCUCAGGGGAGCUCAUGGACCUGACACCCACGGGCCUCAGCAGCCAGGAGUGUCUGGCCACAGACAAGAUCCGGACUUCCACCCCAACAGGCCACAGGGCCAGCCCUACCAAGCAGGAUGACCUGGUCAUCUCAGCACGCUAGCACCUGGCAGUGGCUG